AUGGGGUCGCAUCAGAUAGAACAGGUAGAUGUUCUGCUCGUCGGGGCCGGAUUUGCCUCGUUUACGUUACUAAACCGCCUCCGCAAGCUGGGAUUCUCUGUGCGAAUCUUUGAGAAAGGAGGAGCGAGUGGCGGCAUCUGGUAUUGGAACUGCUACCCUGGGGCGCGGGUGGACACAGACUCGCCUAUCUACCAACUGUUCGACAAGGAACUCUGGGAAGACUUCACGUUCACGGAACGGUACCCGGGCUGGCAAGAACUACGUCGGUACUUCGACCACGUGGAGAAGAAGUGGAAUGUCCGGGACUACACGUCGUUCAACAAGCAUGUGGACAGCGCGGUGUUCGACGAGAAGCGACAGCAAUGGUUAGUUGAAUGCGCGGACGGCACCGAGAUCUACGCCAACUGGUUCAUCCCGUGCAUCGGGUUCGCCAGUAAGAGAUACACGCCGCCGUUCCCUGGGCUGGGCAACUUCCGCGGCGACAUCUACCACACUGCGGUAUGGCCUCAACACGGGGUCAACCUCAAAGGCAAGCGCGUGGCCGAAGUAGGCACCGGAGCGUCCGGGAUCCAAGUGAUCCAAGAGAUUGGCGACAAGGUCAAAGAACUGACAGUCUUCCUACGCACGCCCAACAUGUGUCUGCCGAUGAACCAGCGGAAGCUAGACCCGGCGGAGGAAGAGAAGAAGAAGAAGGACGGCACAUACGAGAAAGAGAUGGAGAAGACACGGCACACAUUUGCGGGCUUCACAUACGACUUUGUGGACCGCAACACGUUCGACGACACGCCCGAGGAGCGCGAGAAGUUCUACCACAAGCUCAUGAUCGAGGAAGGCGGUUUCAUGUUCUGGCUGGCCAACUACAAGGACAUGCUGUUCGACCUCAAGGCCAACGAGGAGGCAUACAAGUUUUGGCGCAAGCAGGUCCUGAAGCGCAUCAAGGAUCCCGAAAAGCAAAAGCUGCUGGCUCCCGAGGUGCCGCCUCACCCAUGGGGCACGAAGCGGCCGUCGCUCGAGCAGCGAUUCUAUGAAGUCGUCGACCAGCCGCACGUCAAGAUCAUCGACGUCAACAAGUCGCCCAUCGAGGAGGUCACGCCCACGGGCCUGCGCACCAAGGAAGGUCUGGUUGAGGUCGAUGUGAUUGUGUUGGCUACUGGCUUCGACUCGGUCACCGGCUCGCUGGCCCAACUCAACAUCCAGGGCACCGACGGCGGUACCAUUGCUGACCACUGGAAGGAUGGCACAAAGACCUCUAUGGGUAUCGCCAUGCCCAAUUUCCCCAACAUGUUCUUCCUUUAUGGUCCUCAGGCGCCGACGGCGUUUAGCUCUGGUCCCAGCUGUACCCAGUUCCAGGCCGAGUGGGUCGAAAAGACUUUCCAGCUCAUUAAAGAAAGGGGUAUUACUCGUCUUGAAGCUACUCAGGAAUCAGAGGACGACUGGUGCAAGAGAAUGCAUGAGGCGUGGAAUGCCUCUUUGUUCCCUAUGGCAAAGAGUUGGUACCAGGGUGCGAAUAUCCCUGGUCGGAAGGUCGAGCCUUUGAAUUGGGCUGGCGGAAUGGUCGAAUACGUCAACACCCUCGACCGCAGUCUGGACAAUGAUCUGCAGGGCUGGCACUACGCUACGGCCGAGGCCAAAGCGUGA